AUGAUUUCUCAAGGAGAUUGGGAGGUGAACAGGGACGACGGUCCACGUCAUGAUGAGCACCAUGACGUCCAUAUCCAAGGCUUCCACGUUCCAGUCGAUGAAACGUAUUCUUUGCUACCACGGGGAGCUUGGUACCCGACCGCCGACAUAGUCCAUGAGGGUCCACGCGAUAAUCAGGAAGUCCCAAAUCAAGUGCAGCGACAACUUCUUCAAGAGCUUUCUGGGGCUGUUCAACUGCAGAGUCCGCUACCUCCCCUAGGAAACACAGGAAUUCUUGGUGUCGCUCCUCCACUCUCCCCUACAGGCACUUCAUUAACCCCACCCCGCCCAAGGAGGUCUUUCGUCCUGCCAUCCCCUCCCGACCAUCGUCCAGUGCGGGAAAGCCGGAUAGCCAAGCCAGCCAGGCCAGACGGGUCAGACAAGGCCGCACGACGCCGCGCCUAUUCCAAAUCCAUAGGCCUGCAUACCCUUCGUCUUCUGGCUGACGCAACAUCCUCUCCUAGGGACUGCGUAGAUUCCGACAUGCAGACACUCUUAGGGCAUGCCACGGCUUUGGUGGAAAGCAAGCGACGUGAAAGGCGAUCUGUGAAGGUUAUGCUAAGAGCACGCCAACGUCUCUUGAUAGAUUGCGUCGGAACCAUGCUUCAGCCGGGACCAGACUCAUCACAGGAUCAGCCAGAUCCAGUGCCCAGUUUUGACGGCCUAUCGUUGGACGAGGGAAGCGGGGAAGGCGUCUAACGGCUAUUCUAGAGCCUUGGAUUAUUAGAUCUGCUGCCGAU